UUCCGGCGCGUUUUCCUCUCGCGCGAACCUGGACUUCCGGCCCCUGUGGCCGUUGCUAUGGAGGGGCUCCGGUUGCUGCCGAGGCGCGCGCGGGACUUCGCCUCAGCCGACUACUGGGAGCGCUUCUUUCGGGGCCGAGGCGAGCGGGCCUUUGAGUGGUACGGAGAGUGGAAAGCGCUCCGGACGCCCCUGGGGCGGUAUCUGCGCCCGCGGGACUCGAUCCUUGUUGUUGGCUGUGGCAACUCAGAACUGAGUGAGCAGAUUUAUGAUGAGGGGUAUCAUGAUAUCAUCAAUGUGGACAUUAGUGAGGUGGUUGUCAAGCAGAUGCAGGAACGCAGUGCUCACCUGAGACCCAAGAUGACUUACAUGGUCAUGGAUGUACUGCAGAUGGAUUUUCCUGAUGGGCGCUUCCAGGUUGUGCUGGACAAAGGCACUCUCGAUGCCCUCCUGACUGAUGGGGAAGAGACCGCUUUGAACAGAGCAGAAAGAAUGUUUGCUGAAAUUGGCCGUGUCCUGCAGUUCGGGGGCCGUUACCUGUGUGUCUCCUUGGCCCAAGCACAUGUAUUGAAAGCAGCUGUGGAAUAUUUCUCCAGGGAAGGCUGGAUGGUUCGAAUACACCAAGUCUCUGGCAAUGAAGCAGGCACUUCAGAGGGAGAAUUUGCCCUGCCUAUUUUUGUAUAUGUUAUGACAAAGACCAGGCAAGUCUCAGUCUCAGCUUUAUGCAUCCUGGAACUGUGUGCUGAAGCACAGGACAAGCCUGUCCGGUUCAAGAGCACUGAGCAUCUGAUUGAGGCAGUGAAAGAAAGGCAACAGUACUCUCUAUUACGGAGUCAGCUUGAUAAGAACCCCGGUACAGGAAGCAUCUCUUUGGAUCUCUGCAGUAAGGACACCGGCCAAGCCCGCUACACUUUACAUGUAGUGCACAACCUGGCUGUGAAAAUGUCUCGUGACAAUCAAUUUGCCAUCUUCAUAAUACCACAGGGCAGAGAAACUGAGUGGCUCUUUGGGACAGAGGAGGGACAGAAGCAAUUGGCUGCAAGUGCAGGAUUCUGGCGCCUGGUAACUGUGGCCUUGCACAGAGAUCAGUGUUAUGAAGGAAUGGAAGCCAUCCAGGCAGAACUUUCAGAGAAGGUGAUGGAGCUAGCCCCACCUGGUCUCCCAGCCCAGCAGCAGGUGCCCUUUCUGUCCGUGGGUGGAGACAUUGGGAUCCGCACCAUCCAGCAUCGUGAUAUGAGCCCCCUUAGCGGGGAGUAUGUUAUUGAGGAUGUGAAAGGAGAGGAUGCCUGCUAUUUCCGCCGCCUUAUCUUCCUCAGCAACAAGAACGUGGUGCAGUCAGAAGCAAGGCUUUCAUCCAGGGCAUCGCACAAAGGGAAUAAGAAGCACAAGAAAAAGAAGAAAGCAGCCUCCAGUGACCAUGUUGAGCCCACUGCUAUACAAGGCAGUCAGUGUAUUGACAAAAGCUAUCUAUGUUGUGCUCACCACAGAGCCAUGGUUGCAGGACUGUGCCUGCUGAAAAAUCCUGAAUGCCUCCCAGAGGCCCUGAUCCGUGUGCUGGUGAUUGGCCUGGGUGGUGGCAGCCUGCCCCUCUUCAUCCAUGACUACUUCUUGCAGUGCUGUAUUGAUGUGGUGGAAGUUGACCCAGCCAUGCUGGAUGUGGCUACACGCUGGUUUGGCUUUUCGACAGAAGACAGGCUCAAAGUUCACAUCGCGGAUGGCUUAGUCUAUGUUGCUAGCCAUGCAGCAGAAGCUUCCUCUUCCUAUGAUGCCAUCAUGUUUGAUGUGGACAGCAAGGAUUCUGCCUUGGGAAUGAGCUGCCCACCUCCAGCCUUCGUGGAGAAGUCCUUUCUUCAGAAAGUGAGGUGCCUUCUGAAAACCGAAGGCAUUUUUAUUCUCAAUUUGGUGUGCCGAGACUCCCAGCUUCGAGAUUCUGUCUUGGCUACUCUAAGAGAGACUUUCCCUUUGCUUUAUGUCCGGAGGAUUGAAGGUGAGGUAAACGAGAUCCUUUUCUGCCAGCAGCAGACCAGACACAAGUUACCUCCUAUGGAGCUUCAACAGACAGCUCAGAUUCUGGAGAAAGCGCUGCGUCAGCCUGGUCAAGCAUGGGACAGCACUUACGUCUUGGCGGAUGUGCUGGAAGCAGUGAGACUGGUAUGAGGAAGGAGUUGUGCUGUUCCAUAUAGUAUAUGGUCUUGUGGAGAGAAACAGCAGCAGUCAUCUGUGGUCUGAGAAUAAUGCUCCCCAUCAGUUGCGCAUUCUCAUCUCCUGCUCUGUGAAGUGAUGGGCCUUCUAUUCAAAGUGUUAGAUGGAUAGGAAAUUCCUAGACUGUCCUAAAGCUGUGCAAGACUCCCUUCUCUCAGGAGACAGAUGUUGAGAGGAUGCUACCGGUAAAGGAUGCUCCAAAGCAACUCCACGCUCUGGGCUUGCCUGGAAACUGCAGUGACAAUCCAGGCUCUGUCAUUCAAUGCAGUCAUUGAUUGCAUCUCUAACUCCAGCUGUAAGCAAAGAAUGUGCCUGUGUUUAAAAUAAAAUAGUUUCUUCUGC